ACUUCUCAAGCUUUCGCAGUCGAGUAGGUUGAAGGGUGCAAGGAAGGAAAGCAAAAAUGUCGAGCAGGGAGCUUCCAGAAGAUUUGCUGACUGAAAUCCUAUCAAAGCUACCCGUCAAAUGUCUGGGACGAUUCAAGUGCGUAAGUAAAUCCUGGUACGCUCUGAUCACAAACCCUAAUUUCAUCACCAAGCACGUCACUUGGGCCAAUUCUCACAAUCCCCAUCGUAUGGCCAUCCUUAGCCAUUGGAAUGCGUGUGGGAACCCACGUGUCUCCACACUCUUUAAUGAAACCCUACAGCUGUCCGGGGAUGUAGAUCUAUUACAAUUGUUUCAGCAUCAGGUUGGCGAGGUUGUAGUCGUCGGUGCCUGCAAUGGAAUAAUUUGCCUUUCUGCUACUCUGCGGGAGGAUGGGAAAUGGAUCAGCGGUUAUGAACAUCUAGUGUUAUGGAACCCUGCGACAAGAGAAUCAAAGAUGCUCCCUCCAAUCCACCGCCCAUGGGAUUUGCCAGGCUAUUUUUCUAAUUUUGGCUUCGGUUUUGAUUCAAAGACUAAUGAUUACAAGGUGGUUAGGAUUCUGCACGACAAUUCUCAAUCCGAAGUUGCGGUGUACAGCCUUAGUGCUGAUUCUUGGAGAGCGAUUGAUUCGACCCCUCACCCAUCUUAUUCGAUUAAUUCAUCUAGUUUUCCUUCAUACCUAAAUGGAGCUUUUUAUUGGUGGGCUUUUGAUAUGGGUGAGAUUUCUCAGCCAUUCUUGGUUUCCUUUGAUAUGAGCAAUGAGGUGUUCCAAAAGGUAUUGCUUCUCCCACUUGAAGCAUCUUUAUUUGAGGGUAUUGCUGUUGUCAAUGACUCUGUAGCUUUGAUUUUGCGAUGUGAGGGUGAAUUGGAUUAUUCGUUUGAUAUAUGGGCGUUGAAUGAGUCUUGUGUUGAAAGGACUUGGACCAAACUAUUAACAAUCGAACCCAUUCCACCAUAUCGCUGGGAUCUGAUACAGCUUCGGGAGGAUGGUUCGGUACUUCUAAGCGAUCCAAAUGUAGGAGGCUUUGCAUUGUAUGGCCCAAGAACACAACAAAUGAGGGAUCUUCGAAUAAAUGAUUCUAGAUCAUGCUCUCAACUUAUUAGUUACACAGAGUCCAUUGUUUUCCUAAAUGGAUCCGGGGGAUGUGCAUGAGCAUCAAGACAGUUCUUAACAAGAUUUCAGACCAUUUCGGUGAUUGGGCUUCCAAUUCAUUUUCAUGG